CCAGCGGUGCAACCUGUAUUGUUGUCCCCUGCCCUCAAACUGGUUUGACACUGACUUUCUGAGCAUCCUGCGUGAACAUGCGGUACUGCAGCACCCGAGGAGGAACGCAGGGCUGGGACUUCAGGCAGGUGCUGUUCUCCGGCUACGCUCCUGACGGCGGCAUGUUCAUGCCCGAGACGGUGCCCGCGCUGACCCCCGAGACGCUGCGCUCCUGGGCACCCCUGUCCUACCCACAGCUGGUCUGCGAGGUCCUCUCCCUCUUCAUCCCACAGCAGCUGGUCCCCAGGACUGACCUACAGGGCCUGAUUUCAGAUGCGCUGUCCAAGUUUGCGGUGCCGGGGGCGGUCAGCAUAGCCAAGCUGAAGGACGGCCUGUCCAUCCUGGAGCUGUUCCACGGGGAGACGCUGGCCUUCAAAGACCUGGCCAUGACCUGCACCGUCCGCCUCCUGGAGUACUUCCUGCACAAGGAGAGCAGGAGGGCCACCAUCCUCGUGGGCACGUCAGGGGACACGGGCGGCGCUGCCAUCUGCAGUGCGGGGGGGCUGCGGGGGGUGGACAUGGUGGUGGUGUUCCCCCGCGGCCGCAUCACCCCCGUGCAGGAGCGCCAGAUGACCACACACCUGCAGGACAACGUGCACGUGCUCGCAGCGGACGGGACGUCAGACGACAUAGACGUUCCGCUGCGGCGCUUGUUUGCGGAUCAGCAGCUGGUGCAGCAGCACGGGCUCAUGAGCCUCAACUCCGUCAACAUGGCGCGCAUCCUGGCGCAGAUCGCCCACUUCCUGUACGCCUACCUGCAGCUCAGCGGCAUCCAGCAGACCCGCGCGGGGGAGCCCCUGCCCGUCCUGGAGGUGGUGGUGCCCACAGGUGGGGCGGGCAACAUCGCAGCUGGAUGCCUUGUAAAGCAGAUGUUAGUGCCAAUACGUCUCGUUGCCAUGGUGAACUCUAAUGACAUUGUGUGCCGUGCCGUCCAGAAGGGUGAUUUCUCCAUGGCAACCAGCGUCCAGCAGACCCUGGCCCCCGCCAUAGACAUCCAGGACCCCUACAACAUGGAGCGUGUGCUGUGGCUUCUGUCAGGGAGAAACGGGCCGCUGGUGAAAGGGAUGUUUGAGGAGUUCCAGAGAUCACACCACCUCCCCCUAACAGAGCAACUGCAUAAGGAGCUGAGCGGAGCCCUGUGUGCGGGCAGUGUUCCUGAUGAGGGCAUCGUGGAGGCCAUGCAGCGCUGCUGGCAGGAGAACCGCUACCUGGUGUGCCCACACACUGCCGUCGCCAUCUGGCACCACUACCACUCGCCACCCACCCCGGGGGUCAACAGGUGCUAUGUUGCCACGGCGUCCCCGGCUAAGUUCCAGGCGGCGGUGGAGAGGGCGGGGCUGCAGCUGGAGCUGCCGGAGGCCGUGCGCGCGCUGGAGUCCAAGCCGAGCCGCUACACACACCUGGAGCACGGCGACGACUGGGAGGCUCGUCUCCGCCAGCGCAUCAACGCCAUCGCAGCGGCCCGCGCCAGCGGCUCACGCUUCUACCCAGCAGAGCCGUCGCCAUAGAGAUGGGACACAUAUGGAUCUACCCAGCAGAGCCGCGGCCAUAGAGAUGGGAGACUAUGCUGCCCUACAAAGCAAGAAGGCAGUAACUGCGUUUUUGGUCUAUUUUUUUUUAAUUGUAAUUUUCAUAUAACAUUCAACUUGUU